UCUCUCUCUUUCUUUCUGUCUCUCUCUCUAUGAGAUUCUAAUCUAUCGUCCUCUCCCUUGUCAAUAAGUUUUCCAUUUCAAAGCCCCUCCCCAAAUGCACAAAACUCCAUUAACGUCAAUAACCUCUCUCGCUCGCCUCCUCAAUCCCUUUUCUCGUUCCCAAACGCCCUCAGACUAUCCUCGCAAAACCUAGUUUUCAAUCCACGUCCCCCAUCUUUCUUCCAUUUCCCAUAGCGCCACAGCAUCCCUUCCCGCAUUUGCAAAUUGGCCUCUCUUCGUCGUUCACGGCGCUCAUCUUAUAUCUUCCAUUAUUGAUUCGCCGACACUCCACCAUUAUUGGGAUUAAUCAGCUUUUGUCUCUUGUGGGGUUUUGAUAAUCUCACCCCUAUUCGAUUUUUCAGUUUUCUUUUUCUUGCCCUUUAGGGUUUCCCUGUUGCUUUUUCUAGGGUUUCGUCGUUGUCGAACUUGUAGAUUUAAUUAAAUUUUAGUUUAUCGAGAAAACAGUCAUACAUACUUUUAUUUUCUUUUUGGGAUUAUAUUUUUGUAUAAAGUGGUACUCCCUGAAAUUGUUUAGGGUUCUAUGUUGGUGAUCUUUUCCUGAGACGUCCAUAAUUUUUGGUGGUAUUUACGGUACUUACCAUUUUUUAGAAAGCCUAUCUGGGCCAAUUUGCUGCGGUCUGAAAGUUUCCUUUAUAAGCAAAACUGUUAGCAAAUUGGAUAAACUGUCGAAUUCUUGGGUCUCGUUGUAUCCACUUCUAAGGCUACAUCUUUUGCGUUUGAUAUCUGGUUUUGUUUGUAACCUUUUUUUUUUUUGGUUUGGGUGGAAGAAGAUAUAGUUGUUGUUAAGGGUUUUUGGGCGGGGGAGAAAGCCUAGGCUUGCAUGGGCGAACAUGAGGGGUGGGCUCAGCCACCAAGUGGACUAUUUCCGAACGGCCUGUUGCCCGAUGAAGCGGCCUCUGUGAUGCGAGAGCUUGACUCAGAGCAAUGGUCGAGGGCAGAGGAGAGGACUGCAGAGCUUAUCGCCUGCAUUCAGCCCAACCCGCUGUCCGAAGAGCGCCGAAUUGCGGUUGCGGAUUAUGUGCAGCGGCUGAUCAUGAAGUGCUUUCCCUGCCAGGUGUUCACUUUUGGGUCUGUGCCCCUCAAGACUUAUUUGCCUGAUGGAGACAUUGACUUAACAGCCUUCAGUGAGAAUCAAAAUUUGAAGGAAACAUGGGCUCACCAGGUUCGUGAUAUGCUAGAGAGAGAGGAGAAGAAUGAGAAUGCUGAAUUCCGUGUAAAAGAAGUCCAGUACAUUCAGGCAGAAGUGAAGAUAAUAAAGUGUCUUGUGGAAAAUAUCGUGGUAGACAUAUCAUCCAACCAGCUUGGAGGGUUGUGCACUCUUUGUUUCCUUGAGCAGGUUGAUAAUUUGAUAAAUCAGAACCAUUUGUUCAAGCGUAGCAUUAUAUUGAUAAAGGCCUGGUGUUACUACGAGAGCCGGAUCCUGGGUGCUCACCACGGGCUUAUCUCAACUUAUGCUUUGGAAACCUUGGUUCUGUACAUAUUUCACGUCUUCAAUAAUUCCUUUGCUGGACCACUUGAGGUCCUCUACCGUUUUCUGGAGUUCUUUAGUAAGUUUGAUUGGGACAAUUUUUGUGUUAGUCUAUGGGGUCCUGUACCCACAAGUUCACUUCCAGAUGUAACAGCUGAAUCUCCUAGAAAAAAUGGUGUAGAGUUACUACUGACCAAAGGGUUUCGAGAAUGUAGCAGAGCGUAUGCUGUUUCCCCUGGCGGUCUAGAAGGGCAACCCUUUGUUUCCAAACAUUUUAAUGUAAUUGAUCCGUUGCGUAUAAACAACAAUCUUGGACGUAGUGUCAGUAAAGGUAACUUCUUUAGGAUACGCAGUGCUUUUGCAUUUGGGGCUAAAAGACUGGCUAGGUUACUUGAUUGCCCAAAAGAAGACCUCUUUUUUGAAGUAAAUCAGUUCUUUAUGAACACUUGGGACCGACAUGGCAGUGGCCAUCGUCCUGAUGCACCAAGGAAUGACUUAUGCCGUUUGAAAUUGUCAAAUCCAGACCAGUUACAUGGGUCUGAGAGUCUCAGGAGCAAUUCAAGUAGCCAAAGAAAUGAUUCUUCCUCUGGUCGUGAAACUCGAGUUGAUGGAACACGUGGUUCACAUAGUGUUUCUUCUCAGCAUGGUAAUCAUUCCCUGGAAAGUGAUGUUUCUACAGCCUCUCAUACUCCAAGCCAAAAGAGUUUUGGCAACUCAAACAACUCAAGGAUAUCUAAUCAGAUUAGACGAGAAAUCAGUUCCAAUCAAGGUGCACAUGUGGACAAGGUUCAGAAAAGUUCUAAACCCAAUAACUUGGUGAAUGACCUCCAGGGCAGGUUUGUCUUUGCAAGGACACGUUCUAGCCCUGAGCUUACUGACACAUAUGGUGAAGUUUCUUCUCAAGGAAGACGUAGCAGAGCCCCAGAAAGUGCAAAAAGCCAGACCUCUUCUGCUAGGUUGGAUAAUAGCAGGAGGAAGAACCCAGAAUCUGAUAUUUUGGCAAGCCAUAGCACUAGAACCGAUGAUCCUUCAUCUCUUAGGCAUGUAUCAUCCCGUCAAAGUCUAGAUGCUGCUGCUGCUGACUCAAACAGUGGUUCCAAUAGCUACCAUGAAGAGACAGGCUCAGGUGCCAUGGGUGAAGAGUUUGCUUCUGUUCUGGGGACACAGGGAAUGCAUCAAGAAGAGCAAGAUCUUGUGAACAUGUUGGCAUCUUCUACGGCUCAUGGUUUUAACGGACAGGUUCAUCUUCCAUUGAAUAUGGCUUCAGGUCACUUACCACUUCCUAUCCCAUCUUCCAUUUUAGCUUCAAUGGGAUAUGCUCACAGAAAUUUGGGUGGGAUGGUUCCUGCAAAUAUUCCAUUGAUUGAGACUCCUUGGGGCACAAAUAUGCAAUUUCCACAAGGUUUUCCUUCACCAUUAGCUCACUAUUUCCCUGGCAUUGGAUUAAGCUCAAAUCCUGAAGAUUCAACUGAACCUGGUAAUGAAAAUUUUGGUUCUGUGGAAAUGAACCCGGGGGAAUCUGAUCAUGAUUUCUGGAAUGAGCAGGACAGGGGCUCUGCUGGUGGGUUUGAGGUUGAUAAUGGAGGUUUUGAAACGCUUCGGUCAGAUGACAAGCAACAGUCAGCUCCAGCUAGUUAUAACUUUGUUCCUUCUGCCCGGAUUAACUCCAGCAGCUCCACAAGAGUUCAACAGGAGAUUACAAAGGAAAGCCGAGGGUCAAUGAGGGAAGAUGAUGAUACUUUCCAGUAUCAUGAUAACAUAGAAAAUGAGGUUUACUAUGAUGACAGAACUUUAAGUUCAAGAUCCUUGCCUACUGCGCCCCCUAAUUCCCAGAGGAGUAGAACUUCUUCCGAGAGUUCUUGGGAAGGAUCAUCAGCAAAGGUCUCAAAGUCAAGGGAAAAACGGGGUAGGAAAACUGCUGCUUCUGCUGUGCCAUCUACUGUUCAUGUGAAAGGGAAGAGUGUGUCUGAACAUUCCUCCACUCAGGCAGAUGAUGACAACAGAGACUGGAAUCCACUGUCAACCUCGGGCACUGAAAUGGUAGAAAGAAGCAUGGGACCUCAAUCCGCUGCUUCUUUAAAUGUUCCAAGCCAUCAAAUACCUGGAUUUGAGUCAGCACAGACAAGUGGAUCAGAUUCUCUGAUACCCAAUGGUCCAGUACUUUUAGGUCAUGGUUCACGACAAAGAGCUCCAGAUGAUUCUGGGGUUCUUCCCUUUACUUUUUAUCCCACCGGGCCACCAGUUCCUUUUGUUACAAUGCUUCCAGUAUACAAUUUCCCAACACAGGCAGGAAAUUCAGAUGCAUCAACGAGCCAUUUUAGUGGGGAAGAGGGUCUGGAUAACAGUGAUUCUAGUCAGAAUUUUGAUUCAUCUGAGGGACCUGAUCAGCCUGACGUGUCAAGUACUUCUAUUUCUGUUAGAAGGAUUGCUCCUGUUGAGCUAUCAGAGCACAAAGCUGACAUUCUCAACAGUGAUUUUGCUAGCCAUUGGCAAAAUUUGCAAUAUGGGCGGUUUUGCCAAAAUUCACGGUAUCCUGCACCUAUGAUUUAUCCUUCACCUUUUGCGGUGCCUCCUGUCUAUUUACAGGGCCGUGUUCCAUGGGAUGGUCCGGGAAGACCACUUUCAGCUAAUAUGAAUCUUGUCACUCAGCUUAUUAGUUAUGGGCCUCGUAUUUUUCCUGUUGCUUCUCCCCAGCCUGUUUCAAAUAGACCUGCUGCUGUCUACCAACAUUAUGUUGAUGAAAUACCAAGACGUAGUGGGACUGGGACCUACCUGCCAAAUCCUAAGGUUUCUGCUCUGGACCGGCAUUCUACAAGUUCCAGACGGGGGAAUUACAGCUAUGAUAGAAGUGACCACCAUGGUGAUAGAGAAGGGAACUGGAACACUAACUCAAGGUCGCGAGCUGCUGGGCGGCGCCAAGCCGAAAAGCCCAACUCAAGAUCAGACCGGUUGGCGGCAAGUGAGAGCCGAUCUGACAGGCCUUGGGGCUCACAUAGACAUGACUCAAUUGCUUCACAGCAUUCUCAGAAUGGUCCAGUUCGCUCAAACCCUAUGCAGAGUGGUCCUGCUAAUGUGACAUAUGGAAUGUAUCCACUUCCAGCCAUGAACCCCAGUGGGGUGUCAUCAAACGGGCCUACUAUGCCACCCUUCGUCAUGCUGUAUCCGUAUGAUAAUAAUACUGGCUAUGGGCCACAUGCUGAGCAGCUCGAGUUUGGAUCUCUUGGACCAGUGGGCUUCCCAGGUGUGAAUGAAGUAUCACAACUAAAUGAGGGAAGCCGAUCGAGUGGGGCAUUUGAGAUUCAUGGUGUCUCUGCUCAACAGUCUUCACCCGAUCAGCCUUCUUCACCCCACAUCCAGAGAUCGGUGACCCAGUGGAACUAUCAGUUGAAAGAUGAGGAUUUCCCGCCUCUGGCAUUUCCAAACCAGGGAGGGAAUGAUAGUGGGACGGACUAUGAUGAGAAACCCUCCCAUAACCGAGCCAGGGAUGCAAUGAUUGAGGAAGAGUUUGAUUGUCUGGUUAGAUGAUUUUUUCUUAAUAUAUUCCUCAUGGAAAGGUCACCCGUACAUGCUGGCCCGGUGCUUGUAUGUAGAAUACAAAGUGAUUACGUGCUCUGUUUCCAUGGAUGCCAGAGGGCUGCCGUUGUCGAGGGUGCAGGUCAGGGCCAUCAGGGGUUUUUUUUUUUUUUUUCCUAAAUCAUUUUAGGCUUAGAUACAUUGUAACCCCACUAAAGUAGGAACUCACGUAGGCUCAGAACUUAGGGAUUUUACUUUGUUACAAAUUUAUUGUGUCAGGAUUUUGUUUCACACAAUGUAGGGUUUUUGAUUAAUAUGCUCCUGUAGCAGCCCCUAUAUGAAAUCUCAUCCAAGAUAGUGUAUCUGUAUCAGUAACGCUGUAAUCGCGAUUAGUUUGGAUGACAAAUUUUCAAUGAUCACUUCUCCACUUAUAACAA